AUGAUGGAAGAAACCAUUAUAAAAGAGGACAUCGAUUACUCGGAUGAAGAAGAUGAUGAAAUAAUUGAAGGUGAUAACAACUUGACAGAUCCACCAAGUAGACCAACCAUGGACAAAUCACUAGCUGCCAAAAUGUACAUAGAACAAUACUAUAUGAAUCAACAGAAAUCUGCAAAACAAAGAUUAUCAAGACGAAAAGACUUGGAACAGAAAAUGGAAAAUAUGAAAUUGACAUCGAAAGAACAGAACGAUCUAUUGAAAGAAUUGGAUAAGAAGGAAUCAGAGUAUAUGAGAUUGAAACGUGUAAAAUUAAAACGAUCGGAUUUCGAAGUACUCAAAGUAAUUGGACGUGGUGCAUUCGGUGAAGUAAGUCUCGUUCGUCAAAAGGAAAAUGGUGAACUAUUCGCCAUGAAAAGAUUAUUAAAAUCUGAAAUGUUAAAGAAAGAACAAGUUGCUCAUGUUAGAGCGGAAAGAGAUGUUCUUGCCAAUGCAAAUAAUGAAUGGGUGGUUCGUUUGUUCUAUUCGUUCCAAGAUGAAAACUAUUUGUAUUUGAUUAUGGAGUUGGUAUGCGAAAAAGAUAGAUUGAAAAACGCUGAACAAAUAAAGAAACAUCCAUUCUUUAGAGGUGUCAAUUGGGAUAAGAUUCGUCAGCAGAAAGCACCGUUCAUUCCAGAGUUGAAGAGUCCAACCGAUACUUCAAACUUUGAUGAAUAUGAACCAAACGACGACAGAAAGCUGGAGAAACAACAGAUAAAAUCAACUCCACCACGUUAUGGAAAGUUGGUCAAAGAGAAGGAUUUGGCAUUCAUUGGUUAUACAUACAAGGGUUUUGAUGCUGUCGAUAAAUCACCAUCACCAAACAGAAGAAAUGUAGAAACUAUUUUCAAUAACAAAGAUAAUAAUAACAAUAGCAAUAAUAACAGUAAUAAUAAUACUAAUAAUAAUACUAAAUCUUAA